GAGCCUGCAAGGGUCAGCCAAUUAUGUUUCAAUCCAAGUUUGGAAAAUAGUCGAGAAUGGAGAUGGGUAUGAGAAUCUGCAAUAUCAUGUCAGGAAUCUGGAUGGGCAGAGUGACUUGCCAUGAGCACUACGGCUCAAUUGGCUCCAGUAUCUCGGUCAACAGAGUACAUUACCGUCCAUAUUGUGGCUCAUAGAGGUCAAUUUGCACACUUUGUACUUGCAUUGCCAAAAGAGCGAAGGACGGAUGUCACUGUACGUUACGGAGUACAAUAUCUUAGCCCACUAACUGCGGUCGUUGCAUGGCUCGUUGGAGGUAUGCAAAUGGAAGCCGAGAAUUGCGGGUGUCGAGUUGACAGUUCCAAAGCUGUCACUUUAUUCGGUUCAGUUCUCUCGUACCUUUUUGGGCUCCCUUUCUCUGGUGUGUUCCAUCGGCUCUGCACCAACUCACGUAAAGAGCAAUUACAUUUUCUCUCCUCGAGUAAUCGCCGUCUCAAGAACAGCCUAUAGCUACUAAAGGACGCGAUGAUGAUGCUCUUCAGCCGCCGGGCUAUGUCAAGCCUAGUUG